AAUCACUUCUGGGUUCUUUAUUUUUUCUUAAACAGGCCAAAAACCACAGAAAAUUUUGAAAAAAAAAAAACCAAAAAAAAACGUUUUUUCUUAGUUUUUGUUAUAAAAUUUUGUAAAUAAGUGAUUUUUCUCCUUCACUGAUGUGUGCUAAUGAGGCUGCACUGAUGGGCACUGAUCGGCUGUACUGAUGGACACCGAUGAGGAGGCACUGAUGGGCACUGAAAUGUGGCACUGGCAUGUGGCAUGGAUGAGCACAGAUGGACA